AUGAAGUUGGACUCGCUGUCCGUCGUGUACCCACCCGACGACCAUGUCCCGCACAACCGCCGCAACAGCGCAUUUGUUGUCGAUAACGCAUCCCCAACUCUCCUCACGGCAUUGCCGCCGGGUGUGGCUGUCAACCACGUUCAGCUGCGAGACGCCGAGAUUCCGCUACAGGACCCCGAGAUGGAGCGUCGGAGGCGGCACUGGACGACUGCCCACUAG